CAAAUUUGAAAUGCAAACAGUAAACGGUUUCGCCAAACUGUAUAUGCCUCCUUUUAUGAAUCGCGAUUUUGUAACGACUUGUGGCUGCACCAUUACUCAGAAAAAGAAAGAGCCGAUGGCUUCCUCGUUCAUCGAACAUCAUCACUGUCCCACCACUAAUGCAACUACUGCAGCCACUAAUAGCUCCAAAGACAACAAUAGCGGCAUUUCUAGUAGGUUGCUUCAAACCCCUCUUUCUCUCAAGAGACCAGAUUUAUGCGGCUUUCCGGGGAGGGUAACUUGAAGUUGUUGGGCUAUUGCGAAUCUGUCUCACCAACGUGUAAACUGUUCUGCGUUCCAUUGUUAAAAAAAGGCCGCUUCAAUUUACCUAAGCGAUCAUGGACGGCGACAACCGAGAGCAUUAACUUUUUCAGCGAUACUACUGAAAAGCCAAGGCGACAGACCUCGACUACAAAGACGACGACGACGACGAACAAGACCAAAGGAGACAGCAACAGCACCAUCAGUGGUAGCAGCAGUAGUAGCGACGUGAAGCCAUCUCAACCUGAAAAAAAGUUACACGAUUUUCUUUCCCUUCUCGUUUCGUCACCCAAUUCUCAUUCCUCUGGUGAUACCGCGGAUCUCGAAGAACUCGUUUCGCUCAUGAAAGCACAUACCUUGUUUGACCCGGCUCAUAUACCCCAACCCCAACACCUCGAACUUGUUCAGCAACUUGCAGCAGAGUUGCCUUCUCUUAUUCCCAGAGCCUCUAAAUUCGGUUUUGAUUGUGGCAGCAACAGUAGCAACAGCGAACCUCGAGCAAUCGGCUCGAAAAGUCCUUCCAAGACGCCGUCGUCAUCGGCAACAAGUAAUAGCGAUACCACUAGCAACAGUGGUGGCAACAGUUUUGUCCCGGAGCAGAAUUUCAAGUUUUCAUUUUCCUCAGAUCGACACGCAAAUUUCCCGUCACCACCAGAAAAGCCGCUAUAUACAACAGAUCGUCCAACGUAUAGGCGAGGAGGCGUUUAUGCGGAUGAAUACGACGACAUGGACACGCAAGACGAUUUCAGAGACCAAGCGUUUAUGGAUCCGAUCGAAUUAGAAGCUAUCCUUCAGCAGAGAAAGAUAUUGCCACUACCUAAACCGCGUUGGAAAAGAAAAGCUUCGAUAGCAUCAACAGUACCAGCGGCAGUAUCAGAGGCUACUGAUGAGCAGCAGUUAGGACAACGACGAAAAAGCAUGCAGCAAAAUCAGGAUGACAAAGGGUUGAAAUCUGCUGCAAGUACGGGUCGGGAGCGAAUAGCAAGGCGAUCGGCGGGUGAACCGGGCAGUAGUAGUCGUAAACUGGCAACUGAAGAAGCAUCACCUUCGUCCGGAUCGCCAGAAACAUUACCAACAAUGGAGCCUCGAAAAUCCGCGUCAAUGAGCAAACGUGGGACGAAAAAUGUCAAGCCCUCAUCGAGUAAAUCAAGUGACACGACUGCUGGAAUCAGCACGGGAAACGGCGACGGGUCUAAAGCAGCUGCUCCGGCAAAACAACAACAACAAUCCAACAUACCGAAAACGUCUUUGUCAUCAAAACCAAUAACAGCAUCCUCACCAACAUCUAUAUCAUCAGCCCCAGGGCAAGGUGGAAGUAAAAAGAACAAAGUCAAAGUCAAAAAGAAAGAAGCUGCUGCUGGCAAGACGACCACCAAAACCAAUGAGGAUAACAAUAAAAAGAAGAAUACCACCACCACCACUACUACUGCUGCUGCUACUACUACUACUACUACUACUACUACUACAAAAGGAAAACUGCAAGCAGACAUCACGACUUUGACAAAGAAAGGCAAAAAGGCACAUCAGCGAGAACAGCAACAAGUACAACAGCAAAGAAAAGCAGAUUGGCUUGAUGUGGAUCUCAGUACCUCGGACUUAUCAAUGAUUAAGAGCGAUAAUCCGGACGAAUGGAUCUGUUUAUUCUGCCAGUACGAAAUAUUCUCCAGUGGACUGGAGAGUGCUAUACGGAAACGAGGAGGGUAUAGGCGGCGGCGAUUACUGCGGUCCAAAGAAAUUAAUGAUAGUAUCCUCCAACAAGAACGUCUCAGUGAAGACGAAGAUCCACUGUCACUCGUUGAAAUGCCCGUCGAUUCAAGGAUCCGGGUAGUUGCUGGACUUUCUCAUGGGCCUACGCUACCUCCUUUUCAGUAAUGCAACUACAAGUGAUUUGAAAGCGAUAUAUCAGUCUCUCGCGCAUGUUAAAGUUUAGCUCUACAGCCAGAUAUG